CCUUCUCCGACCUCGCCGGAGUACUCCAUUUACCGUUGUUUAGGGUUUCUUCUAUCAGAUCGGUGACUGAGGAUUCAUUUUCUGCCUGAUUUUUGAAUCUUUCCGUCAAUCGGUGAGCUUUUCUUGAAGGAAAGCGUCGAUUUUUAUCCAUAUUUGUUUGAACUUUGCGGAUCUAGAAGAAGCAGCAAAUCUUGGGUUUGUUUACAUAUUGAUAUAUAGUUAUAGAUGUCGAAUUCGUCGUCGUAUUGGUGCUAUAGAUGCAAUCGAUUCAUUAGGGUUUUGAACCAGGACUCGGCCACUUGUCCCGAUUGCAAUAGCGGAUUCAUCGAAGAAAUCGAUACUCCGACACGAUCUGGACUUUCGGAUUCCCGACGUCGUCUUUUCCCGGCGGCGGCGGCGAUGUAUAUGGUCGGAAAUAAUCGCAUUUCGGAUAGUCAGAAUUCAAGCCCGAGAAUCAGGAGGAGCAGGAGGAACGGCGGUGAACGUUCGCCGUUUAAUCCGGUCAUUGUUCUUCGCGGAGCAUCGGACAACGGUGUCGAAUCAGGUAAUGGGUUUGAAUUGUACUAUGACGAUGGAGCUGGGUCGGGUCUGAGACCCUUACCGGCGACUAUAUCGGAGUUUUUAUUGGGGUCAGGUUUCGAUCGGCUUUUGGAUCAAUUGGCCCAAAUUGAAAUUAAUGGAAUUGGGCGAAUCGAUCAUCCACCGGCUUCGAAGGCUGCGAUUGAGUCGAUGCCGACGAUUGAGAUUUUGGAGAGUCAUAUAGAUAUUGAAUCACACUGUGCAGUUUGUAAGGAAGCCUUUGAAUUGGGUUCGGAAGCUCGCGAAAUGCCCUGUAAGCAUUUGUAUCAUUCGGAUUGUAUUCUUCCUUGGCUUUCACUGCGUAAUUCUUGCCCUGUGUGUAGACAUGAGUUGCCAACCGAUAAUAGAGACUUGGGUGAGUCAAAUGGAGGGCAAAAUGAGCAAAAUGUGGGGACUAAUGAUGAUGAGACGGUAGGAUUAACGAUAUGGAGGCUGCCCGGUGGUGGGUUUGCAGUUGGAAGGUUUUCGGGUGGAAGAAGAGGCGGAGACAGAGAGCUUCCUGUUGUGUACACCGAAAUGGAUGGUGGGUUUAGUAAUAAUGGUGCUCCCAGGAGGGUUUCGUGGGCUUCCAGGGGGACUGUGUCGAGAGAAAGUGGUGGAUUUAGGAGGGUUUUUAGCAGUUUGUUUGCUUGUUUUGGUGGGGCGAGAACUUCAGGUUCAAUUUCUAGUUCUAGUUCGGAUAAUAGGAUAACUAGAAGAGGUAGUUCUUUGUCUUCAGUUUUUAGCACGGCCUCAAGGAGGCGCAGGGCUUUUGAAAUUAAUAAUGAAACCCGAAGAUGGUGA